UUGAAGUAGCAUUAUUGUUUUGGCGCUUUUGACAGAUGACCAGAUUGAGUCACGUGACCAUCUGCAGACGGCAGCUGUUUCUUACUUAGCGAUGGAAGAUAAACAUCGUUUUGUGCGCUCGCCGAAAUUCUACGUUAAAAAGUUGGCAUGAAAGGAAACCCGUGGCAAAAAUCCUGAUGUCAAGUCCUUCACGCCAGGUUGGGAAUCGUCGGCUUCCACCUUUACCGAGCAGUUCGCGCCACAGUCCAAGUUAUCAGCGUGUUUCGAGCGGACAUGGCUCAUCGCCGGUCUCGGCGAAGGCAGCGAAAGGGCAUACUAGCAACCGACCUUCAAACAACCACGGAACGGGAAGUCACAUUACCCACAUCGAUCUGACCGCAAACUUUGGCGAUGGACCGUUCCGACCAGCUUUGGUCCAAGGAAAAGCGAUUGCGAACGGGCAAGAGAUGGAUGAGGAGGCAGUGAGAAAUUUUCUUCGAGCAAAUCCCGUGUUUCUGGAGGAUUAUGUUAUGAAACAUGUCGAUCAAGACCGUUUAGAGCGCUGGCUUAUCAGGAAAACACGAAAAUUAAAGAAUAAAGGCGGCAAGAAACCUGCGAAUUCCCUUGGUCAUGAAAAUAAUAAACAAAGUGAUCCUCACCGACCGUCUCUGUCGAAGUGGAAGUUUUGUGUACACAGUGACAAGAAAAAAAUGCUGGAGGAGUUGACAAAUGACAUUCAUCAGUCUCCCAACAAGCAGAAGGUGUUAAUGGAAUUGGCUAACUGCAUUGCAUCAGCAUGCCAUGCGGACUCCUUCACAUUAUACUUGGUUGAUGCAACAGGAAAGGCCUUGUACAUCUACAAUCCUAAUCAUCCAGAAGGGAGGACAUCAUCAAAUAUUCAGAUAAAAGAGGCAACUACAAUUGCAGCUUAUGUGGCUUAUACUCACAAGCCUUUGAGAACCAAUGAAGUAUUGGGGGAUGAGCGUUUUCCAGAAGGAAUUGGGCUAGAAGAUAGCACAGCUCAAUCAGUUCUGUGCCAGCCCAUUGUUCAGUCAAAUGGCGAGCUUGUUGGUGUGAUUGAAUUGUGUAGGAGACUUGGCCAUGAAGCGUUUGGAGAAGAGGAUGAUGAGAUUGUUAACAGCUAUCUUGUUUGGGGUGGAAUAUCUCUGUAUUAUGCUGAGAUGUUCCAAAACAUGCAAAGACACAGAAAGUUAACAGAGUUUCUGCUGAAUGUAACAAGGUCAAUAUUUCAAGAUAUUGUCAGCAUGGAUACUGUGAUUAUGAAGAUUAUGAAUUAUGCUCAAACUUUGGUGGAUGCAGACAGGACUUCAUUGUUCCUUGUUGACAACAGAACAAAUGAACUGUAUGCCAGGAUAUUUGAUAUUGGUGGUAGCUUAGAAGACAGCCGGUCAUCCAAUCUUCAAAAAGAGAUCAGGUUUCCAAAGACAAAGGGUGUGGCAGGCCAUGUGGCAACCACUGGAGAGACACUCAACAUUGCUGAUGCUUACCAUGAUGAAAGGUUUAACAGGUAUGCAGUGGAAACAAAUGCUGAUGGUUUUUUACAAUCCUGUUUGCUACAGGUAGCACUGGAGGUUCUUUCUUACCACAGCAAAUGCUCUGACCGCGAGUUGGCAAGAGUCCAAGAAAUGCAACUUGAAGAUCCUUAUCCAAAUUUGGAAUCGUAUAAAUUUGAUUCAUACUCACUGGUGACAGAUGGAACGGAUCGAAUGCCAAGUCUUGUCAUUCAAAUGACAAAGAACCUCUUUUCACUUCAAAGAUUUGGUUUAGAUGAGCUCAGGCGUUUUGUGUUGACUGUGAAGAAGAAUUACCGAGAUGUGCCAUACCAUAACUGGACUCAUGCCUUUGCUGUGGCACAUUCCAUGUACCUUGUUAUUCGAUCUGGAAAUGACAAGUUCACUGCACUUGAGGCAUUAGCAAUGUUCUUUGCUUCCCUUUGUCACGACCUGGAUCAUCGCGGUCGAACCAACUCGUGGAUGAAGAAUGAACAGACUCCACUGGCUGCUGUGUACAGCACAUCAACUAUGGAACACCAUCACUUUAACCAGACUAUUACCAUCCUUCAGCAUGAAGGACACAACAUCUUCUCACACUUGAGUCCAGCAGAGUACAAAACGGUGCUGGGUUACAUGAAAGAGUGUAUACUUGCCACUGACCUGGCAUUGUUUUUCGGUAACAAGUCCAAACUGAAGGAUUUAGCUGACAAGGGCGAAUUCUCUUGGGAAAACCAGGAACACAGAAAGUUGUUACGAGCUAUUUGUAUGACUGCCUGUGACUUGUCUGCCUGUACAAAGCCCUGGGAAAUCCAACUAGAGAUUGUAAAAGUUAUAUACCAAGAAUUCUAUGCAGAGGGUGAUCUGGAAAAGGCCCAGGGAAAAACACCCAUUGCAAUGAAGGACCGUAACACGGCUCAUGAGCUACCAGCGCACCAGGUUGGUUUCCUGGUUGGAAUCUGUUUGCCAUGUUAUGAGCUCUUACAGAGGUGUAUUCCAGAUACAAAGCCGCUUGUGGACGGAUCUCAGUAAGUUUUGUUUGUGUCAUGACCGUGGGCAUCAUUUGAGUUUGGCCUUGGCCGAUUUUUCAAAGAUUUUUUCUCGUCUUAUAUUAGUCUCAGAAUUGUACAGCCUGUUCAGUUUCAAUAACAUAACACAAGGGCCGCCCUGGGAAUAUAAGGCCCUAGGCCUCGAUUCUAAAGAUCG